AAGAGAUUCUGCCACCAAUAAUAUAGAAUAUUCACAACUUACUAGUAGUGGUCAAAAUGGUUCCUCCUUAUUUUUCUCUGUACCAACCUUUCCUAUUCAAUCUGAAGCUAACCACCAGUCAAUAGCAUUGGAAACUUCGACACACUAUAAUAAUUAUGAAAAUGACGAGGAAUAUCAAUCUUCAGAACCUGAUUCUUCAUUUUUGUCAGGAAGGCCCAUUGAUAUUUUUCAAGAGGAACAGCCU